CUCGUAUAUAAUGGAAUCACAUCUACUAUAUAAAGAACAAAAGCUACAACAAAUCUUUGCAAAAAUAAAAAAUAAAAACUAGAAUGACACUGACCAUGGAGAAUCAAAAUUCGUCGAAACUAAAAUCAAUUUUCCUUCCAUUUCUGUCAACAAGUCACAUAAUUCCCUUAGUAGAUAUGGCAAGACUCUUCGCUCUCCACGAUGUAGAAGUAACCAUUAUCACUACAAAAUACAAUUCCACCAUUUUUCAAAACUCCAUUGAUCUCGAUUCAUCUCGUGGUAGAUCCAUCACAACCCAUAUAAUUGAUUUUCCAUCAUCCAAACUUGGUCUUCCAAUAGGAAUCGAAUCUUUCAAUGUCAACACACCACGUGAAAUGAUUCCAAAAAUCUACACGGCAAUUUUCAUUCUCCAACCAGAAAUCGAACAUCUUUUUAAUGUUUUAAAACCUGAUUUCAUUGUUACUGACAUGUUUUAUCCUUGGACAGUUGAAGUCGCCGAGAAACUCGGGAUUCCUAGGAUUAUGUUUCACGGCGCAAGUUAUCUAGCUCGCUCUGCUGCGCAUGCUGUGGAACAAUACGCACCCCAUUUGAAAACUCAAUCCGAUACUGAAAAAUUUGUUAUACCGAAUUUACCUGAUGAAUUGAUGAUGACUCGUUUGCAGUUACCGGAUUGGCUUAGAUCACAUAAUCAAUACACUGACUUAAUGAAAGUGAUUAAAGAAUCUGAGAGAAAAAGUUUUGGUUCUGUUUUUAAUAGUUUUUAUGAACUUGAAAGUGAUUAUUUUGAUCAUUAUAAAAGAGUUAUGGGAACAAAAAGUUGGGGACUUGGUCCUGUUUCUUUGUGGGUUAAUCAAGAUGAUUCAGAUAAAGCUGCAAGAGGGUAUUCAAAAGAAGAAGAAGAAGAAAAAGAAGAAGGGUGGUUGAAAUGGUUGAAUUCAAAACCAGAGUGUUCUGUUUUAUAUGUUAGUUUUGGGAGUAUGAACAAGUUUCCUUUUUUACAAUUAGUUGAAAUUGCACAUGCACUUGAAGAUUCAGGUCAUAAUUUCAUUUGGGUUGUGAGAAAAAAUGAAGAAAAUGAAGAAAGUGAUGUUUUUUUGGAGGAGUUUGAGAAGAGAGUGAGAGAGAGUGAAAAGGGUUAUUUAAUUUGGGGUUGGGCCCCACAGCUUUUGAUUCUUGAGAAUCAAGCAAUUGGAGGGUUAGUGAGUCAUUGUGGUUGGAACACUGUUGUUGAGAGUGUGAAUGUUGGGUUACCAACAGUUACAUGGCCUUUGUUUGCUGAACAUUUUUUCAAUGAGAAGCUUGUGGUUGAUGUGUUGAGAAUUGGUGUUUCUGUUGGAGCUAAAGAAUGGAGGAAUUGGAAUGAGUUUGGAAGUGAGGUUGUGAAGAGGGAAGAUAUUGGGAAUGCUAUUGGUUUGAUGAUGAAUGGUGGUGAGGAAGAAAUUGGUAUGAGAAAAAGAGCUAAGGAGUUAAGUGUUGCUGCUAAGAAAGCUGUUCAAGUUGGUGGUUCUUCUUACAAUAAUAUGGUGGAAUUGAUUCAAGAGCUUAAGUCAAUCAAACUUGCCAAGGUUCAAGCUUAGUGGUAUUGUUGCUAAAUCACUUUUUUUGUUUUCAAUGUUUCUCUUUCUUUUUGUGGAUUUUAUGUAGUGCUGUUAAGUUUGGAAUAAAUUUAAUGUAUUAGAAAUUAGAACAUGAUAAUAAAUACUAUUUCUUUUUUAAAAUAA